AUGGCGACUACAAAAUCUACGAAACUACCACAGGAGCGGCGGAAAGGCGAGGCUGCCUUGAGCGACUUCGCUGACUACGUCGAGAAGCAACAAGCAAUCAGAUUCCCCAGUGCCAAACCAACAACAACAGCGGCGGCUGCUGCUGCCGCCCAAGACGACCACGAAGCAGAGCUCGACGACAUCCUUGACGCCCUCGACCUUUCCGACAAGGCCCCUCUAGCCCCUCUCCACAAGCUCCUCCUUGGAACCGACGACGAGUCAUUACAAAAGCUUGUCGAACUAUUAACGUCGCGGAUAGAGGAGGGACAUGGAGAGACAUUGUUCGACAUCGGCUUCGAGCACAACGGCGAGUCGAUGCAUCUCGACAAAGAGGGCUGGGACAAGGCAUGGGGUCGGCUGCAGGAGGCCGCCACAAAACUCAAGGCAGACUGCCAAUUACUCCUGUCCAAGAACGUCGGCGGUGACGCUGAGAGCCAGGCUGCCGCCUCCGACAAGGGCAAGGACUGCAGUGCCAAGAUCCUCAUCCGCCAAACUCCUGCUACUGUCGAGAACGUCAUCGAGACGAGAAUAGCAGUAGUAGGAAAUGUCGACGCUGGAAAGAGCUCCAUGCUGGGAGUCUUGGUCAAGGGCGACCUGGACGACGGGCGAGGAAAGGCUCGAGUCAACCUGUUCCGACACAAGCACGAGAUCGAGACCGGCCGGACCAGUUCUGUGGGCAUGGAGAUCAUGGGCUUCGAUACUCACGGCAAUGUCAUUACCAGCGACACGCCGGGUCGAAAGCUGUCGUGGGAGGAGAUUGGGAAGCGCAGCGCAAAGGUCAUCACCUUCACCGAUCUUGCCGGUCACGAGCGAUACCUCCGGACCACCGUCUUCGGCUUGCUGUCCAGCAGCCCUAACUAUUGUUUGCUGAUGGUCGCAGCCAACAAUGGUCUGAUAGGAAUGAGCAAAGAGCACCUUGGUAUCGCACUGGCGCUUAACGUGCCCGUCAUGGUCGUCGUCACCAAGAUCGAUAUCUGCCCGCCUCAAAUCCUCGAGCAGACCUUGACCCAAAUCACCAAGAUUCUGAAGUCUCCGGGUGCAAGGAAGAUCCCAAUCUUCAUCAACGACCGCGACGAAUGCAUUAAUACCGCAACCCAGUUUGUGUCUCAGCGUAUCACUCCCAUCUUCCAGGUGUCCAAUGUUACUGGCCAGAAUCUGGACCUAGUACGAACAUUUCUAAACAUCCUGCCGCACCACGGAAGAUACGACGCUGAUGCACCUUUUGAAUUUCACGUCAAUGACACUUUCUCCGUGCCUUUCGUCGGAACCGUCGUCUCGGGUAUCAUCAAGUCUGGUGUCGUCCAUGCCGGUGACAGCGUUGUCAUCGGGCCCGACAGCCUGGGCCAGUUCACCCAAAGCUCCAUCCGCUCCAUCGAGCGGAAAAGGAUUCCUGUGCCAGCCGCAAGCGCCGGCCAGAGCGCUUCCUUCGCGCUGAAAAAGGUCAAGAGGAAAGACGUCAGGAAAGGCAUGGUCGUGCUGCCGAAACCAACCGACGGGGCCCCGACACCGAGGGUGUACAAUGAGUUUGUCGCCGAGGUGCUGAUCCUCAGCCACGCCACAACCAUCAAGAAGAAGUAUCAGGCGAUGCUGCACGUCGGCCCUGUCAGCCAGACCUGCUCCAUUAUCGACGUGGACAGACCAUUCAUCCGCACAGGUGACCGUGCGACGGUGGCGUUCAAAUUCGUGCAGAGGCCUGAGUACCUCGCUCCCGGUGACCGCCUGCUGUUCCGCGAGGGAAGGACAAAAGGACUGGGGAUCGUCAAGGCCGUCGGCUAUGACCGCAGCUAUUUCCCUACGAACGAGGGCAACGGGAAUGGCAAGGCCCCGCAAGCACCCGCGCCGCCGGCCUCGGGCUCGGGAGCCUCGGAACACGGUCAGGAUGUCAAGGUGGCGGGGUAA